AUGCAUGUUAUGAAUCACAAUUUAAUAUAUCCUUAUCAAAACUAUUUCUAUACCGUAUUCAUUUAUUGUUUCUCUAAAAAUAAUCAGAUUAAAAUACAGUAAUCAUUCUCCAAAAUCUAUAUAAAAAAAAAUCUUUCACAUAGGAACAUAGAUAAAUACAUUUAUUCUUGUUUGAUCUUACUUUUAAAAAUAAUUAGGAUUAUUUCUCGAGUAAUUCAAGUGAUUAUAAAUCAUUAAUUGAAUAAAAUAAGCUUAGAUGUGUAAAAAGUGAAGAAGUUAAAAAAGAAGAACUUAGAGGUUUGUUGCUCUUUCAAUCCUAAUCUCUUGAAGCCCUUCAUUCAAUCAUAGUUCCAUAUUUUAUCUGGCUGAGAAAAGAAAUGAAAUUUAGGUUAAUAAUUUCUGAUUAAUUUAGCCCUUUCAAUUCAUUGAAUAUCUUACAAAAGGAGCAUUAUAAGAUAACAUUAAAAAUUGACAAAAGAAAAUGA